UGUGUGUCGGGGGGGGGGCUCGGGCUUCUUUCUGCUACUUAAAGCCUCGUCCCUGGCGGCUCUCACUUGGAAGAGGAGUCGCAGUGGGACGCGGGAGGGCAGAGUCCCUGGUGCCAGACAUGGAUGACGCGCUGAGAACUCUGGCAUCUCCACUACUCCCAGCGCCUUCAAGACCCGCGGGGCUCUAAACUUCUACCCUUUUUUUUGACAAACUUUGUCAGACAAACUACCCGCAACUUCUUGGAAAAAAAAAAAAAACUUGAGCUCCGACAAGAUGCGUCCAAAGGCUGCGUCCCGCUUUCAGAUGCUGCUGCUGCUUUGGUCCAUCUUACUGGUUCGCUUCGGUUCUGGUUUCCCAACCAGACACAAGAAUGUGCCUCUCAAGGCUCAUGGACACUCCGCUCACAGUGGUGGGAUCCAGUAUACAAGAGAGGAUUUGGAGCAGCAGAACCAGGUCCAAAGUCUACUUCCCGAGCCCCACAGUCAGCAGAGACGAUGGUCCCACCCACAGCAUCGACCUUUCGGGAUUCUGCCUCAGCCAGAGCCGGAAGAGGAGACUGACCCCUUCAUCUUGGAUCUGAAGAACUUGCCCGACCUCGCCAACGCUGACAUGAACUCACAAAAUCCCAAUAUACAAGUAACCAUUGAGGUAGUGGAUGAUCCUCAGAUGGAGGUUGAAAUGGACUUGGCAAAGGAAAAAGACUGGCUACCAUCCUCUUCCUCCUCUCCUUCAACUGUAGACUUGAUCGGCGGCAAGAAGCUCUUCUGGCCGCUCUUUUGGAGUUACACCGACGCCGAUUCCAGUGAGGAGAGCAGCAACAGGUCAGGAGCUGAGGAUACAGGCGAGGAAGAGGAGGAGGACGAUUACUCGCUCGAUUAUGGCAGUGAGGAGCCACUACCUAGCGGAGUAGGCGGAGGCUGGGAUAACCAUUGGAAUGAAGGCUGGGAUCCUAUACAGGGCUACUAUGAGAAGGAGACAGACGAGUGGUCUCCCUGGUCCCCCUGCUCAGUCACAUGUGGACACGGUGAGAAGAAGAGAACCAAAUCUUGUGGUUAUUCCUGCACUCUGACUGAGGCCUCGAAGUGUGAGCUGGACCCAUGUCCAGGUGACGUGAACACGGUGUCGGAACCUUUUCCUUUUGAGAUGGAAAAUGGUACGGAGCCAUUUGGAACAGAUGUGGACAGCUGUGAAAAGUGGAUCAACUGUAAGAGCGACUUUCUUCAGAGGUACAUGCACCAGGUUCUGUCCGAGCUGCCCAGCUGCCCGUGUUCCUACCCUUCCGAAGUCUCGUACACUGUGGUCAGCCUGUUCGACGACACUCACAACCGGCCCUUCCGUUGGCGCGAUGCUAGCAGUCCCAAGGAGCGGCUGGAUAUCUACAAGCCGUCGGCGCGGAGCUGUAUUCGCUCCGCGCUGUCCAACGACGCUUCCACUCUGGCCGCGCAACACUGUUGCUACGACGAUCGUGGGCGCCUUAUUACUCGGGGUAAAGGCGCAGGAACGCCGAACCUGAUCAGCACUGAGUUCUCUCCAGAGUUGCAUUUCAAAGUAGACGUGCUGCCCUGGAUCCUGUGUAAAGGGGACUGGAGUCGCUUCCAUGCAGUUCGGCCACCAAAUAACGGGAUGAGCUGCCAGGAGAACCCCCAUGAAGAUGUGUUCUUAAAUGAACUGGAAGAGGCCAGGGAGUACUGAGAAGUCACUGCCAAAAUGAUCUGUUUACUCGGACGGUGUGAUCCUCCUCUGCAAGAUGGCGUCCAACCUUCAAACAUCUCAAAUAUACAUCAGUCAUGCGCCUCGAAGGGAAAAGUUAGGAUGCCUUAUCAUGUUCAGACGGGGAAAAGUUCACGUACGCUUCCCAACUCACCCUCCUCCCGGUCGCGUGUCGACUUGUUUCCGGACAGUAUUUUGGGACACGCUGACCCGUCACCGGCAUGUGUAGAUUACAAAUGUAGGAAUACAGACUGAUCUCCAUUCCAACAAUGCUGCUAUUUAAAAUGCUACUUCAGGUUUGAAGCAUUCGCAGACCCCGCCCACGUCGCAGGCCCCCGUGCAGUUGCUUUCGAAAUUGGUUCCUGAGAAAUUUGGAUGGUGAACCAGAUAGAUAAGCUACAAAAACAGUCUAGGAAUUUGAUAACAAAGGUCAUGUCUUCUAGCGUUUCUUCACAUUGAUCAUCCAGAGAACUGUUUGUUCUGGGUGCCAAAGAGUUUUAAAUCUGACUGUUGGUGCCAUUUUACUUCUACGGUGCGAGUUCUUCAGCAACUAGUUUUAUCGAUAGCUUAGUCUUUACAAUAUUCUCAGGGGAACUAACUGACCGUCAACUGCAGGGCACUAUCGGACCUACAAGGGGGUGAAAGUUUCAGUGGGGGUUCGAUGAGACUUUCUGUCCUAAUUCAGAAGGCCCCAGAUAAAGUAUCGUAUAUUUGCUGUUGUUGGCUUCAGUACACUCACUUCAGGUUUGGAUUGUUUUUUCUUAUAAGUGGUUUCUGCAUUCUGACAGUAUUAUGAGUUCAUGCCAGUGAUGUUCAUUCCAAACCUAAUUUUCCAGGAUGUGGACAUGCAAAACAAAAGUAAAAAAAAAAAAAGAAAAAACACAUUCACGUCGUGGAUUUUAUUUGAAGGCACUUUAUUUAAAUAUAUCAAUGUAUACAAAAGAUCUAUUACGUGUUUGUUGGUGACAGUGUUGUUGUGAAGUGAAGCCACAAAUGCUGCAUUGUGCUCUGUCCUGACCGAAAGGAAGCAUGAUCUGUUUGUGAGUUCUUGCGCUAGUAUUACGUUUAUGGUGUUGUACAGUAUUUAUUUGUCUUUUUUUUUUUUUUUUUUUUUUGUAAGUUUUGCUGAAGCUUUGAAAAGAUGUGGUGCACUAAUUGGACUGCGUAACGAAGGCUCCCCAAGUCUAAAGGGAAAUCACUCGCCUUCAAAUGGCAACAAAAGGUGUUUGGGUUUUACUACGUGUUGUACUGCAGUGACUGAGAAGUAUGUCAUUCCAAUUAUGCUCAAG